CUGAUAAAGGAAAACCUUUGCAAAAGUUUGUGCUUACAAAUAUACUUGAAGUACUUCAACAGUAACUGGACACAUGAAUGGUGGUUUCUGACCUUAAGGACUAUUCUGUUUUGCCAAGGACUCAUUAUCUAGCUGAUAUUGUAUGUGUUAAUAUGUAUAACAAACAAUACUUAUGAACAAGACAAAAUGAUUUACAACAACAAAACGGUUCAGAACUAAGUUUAAUCGUUCUUGAGUCAACUUCAAUAUUAUAUUGAAGUAAGUCUGAAGUCGGUGUGAUUGUUUCCGCCAUGCUCCUUUUGUGCUCAUUAAGGACAAACACUUUUUAUAACACUCUGGUAUAAUUACCAAGUUUGAAAGGGAAGAAACACAAGAAAUAUAAAAACGAUUGUUUAGAGUCACAAUGCUUCGGAUGCGGAAUUCACAGGGUGACGAUGGCAUGUUUAGAUGGAUUAGGACCGAAAUGAAGAAGGAACUGGUAAUGUCACAGUCUUCCUAUGCCAAGAUCGCGGGCUUGCAGAGCGAGGUCGGGCGUGUGGUGAUUACGCGCGUCGCCGGAAGUGAGCUUGAAUACAAGCGCACGCUCAACAUGUAUCGGAAGGACGCCGCGUGCACCGUGAACAAUAUCCGGCGGGAACAAAUCAAGAUGCGGAUGAAACUAGCACGGUAUGUGCGCAAAAUAAAGCAGACGAGACUGGAUCAUGCGAGGAUGAUAAAGGAGCAGCAGAGACACGACCGCGAGAGGGAGCUGCUCGAAGAACUCCACCUCAGACUAAAAUUUGAAGCGGCGGCAAAAACACCUGAACCGAGAGAGGAUGUGGAAAUAACUGUAAAUAAUGUUAAUGAACCGGAUCCUUCUGAAGAUGAUCCUGAGUCUGAUCAUGACGACUCACACUUGGAGUUUAAAGGUGGGCCUGUUUUCCUUCAAACCGGUAUUGACCGCGAACAAGUUGAGGAAAUUUGGCAUUCUAAGGAAAAGCAAGAAGAGGCAACCCAGAAAGAUUCAAGGCUACAGCAGAACUCUAAGUCUCGGAAACAAAGUAUAGCUUUCGCACCGAUGUUGCCAAUGAUAGAUGAAGUAGAAAAGGAAGCAGACGAAACAUGUGAAGAAUCUGAAAAGCAGACAAUAACUGAAGUUCCUGACAGGUUUGACCUUAGAGUCUGGGACGAUACCAUGUCUGUUUCUUCUUAUGGAGGCAGGAUAAAGCGUAAAAACGAUGUUUCAUUUUCAGACAUUAUCAAAUUAAAAUAUAGCGGAACCAAAAAUCUAUUUGACCUUGUUCACAAACUUGCCAAGAAGCACGGCAUUCCCGACGUGGAUGAUAAGGUACCUGAUCCUCGGGACAAUGUGGUCCAUCGCGGCUCCACCAACGAUUCCCUGAGGCUACAGGCGGCGGUGCUCUACCCCAUGAAGUAUGGGUACAAUCCAACUUCCGACACCGAGGCGGUAGAUAGGCGACUGUCAGUCAGCAAGUCGCCCGCGAUGGCAAAUGUGAACGAAAUAGACAAAGCGAGUGAAAAUAGUAUUGACAAUGUUGAUUCACAUCAGAGAGCUGAGCGUUUGCGUAGAGUUUCGUUAGAUAGUAAAAGGUCCAUGUUUCUGUCUGGCAAACACUCCUUGUCCGUUGAACAGGAACACUCAGAAUCGCUCUCCCAGUCAGAGUCAUCGCGGUCCGGUAGUCCCCGGAAGCUUCGGUCUCGCGACAUGAGCAUGCCGGAACUGGUGGACCGAGUGUCCCGCAUCAAGGUUGAGCAGGCUGACCGCCUGUCCGGAAGUCAGCGCAUCGAGAACGAGCUGAUAUCUAGCUACAACUUUCUGACGCCCUCCUACAAGCCUUCCUCCUCCCGCUCUUCGCGCUCACUUCCGGUCGUCUCAAGGGAGACGGAGCGAAAUGGCGACAGGAACGUCACGUGGACGCAGGCGCUCGGACUGCUGCGAGGCGUACACAGUUUGGAUGAUACCGGAUAGCCAGAUACUUGCCUAGUCGUUAUACGUAUAAUGCAUAUUUUAAGCAUAAUUUAUUUGGUGCUCAAAAACAGUGGCGUUAUAAUUCACUCUUUUAAAAAGUACUAUCUGUGGUAUAAGUUCUGUGUAUACAUUAGCUCGUAUCAGAAUAACGUCAAUUUGCACUUGUAAGCAAUGAUGCCAUUUGCAUAGCGUGUUCGCCAUAAUAUGUGAUAUGGUAACGUAAAGUUAUAUGCAGAAUAGGGAGAUUUGUGACCCUUGUUUUAAACAAAAAUAUAAUAUUAUUUAAAAUAUAAAAUCAAAUCACUUUUAUCGCCAGCGGCUGCUGCAUCUGUACUA